UUUCGAUAGCAUGUUUCUUUCUCGGUCGAUUAACGGUGCCGUAGCGUUUCGCCUUGUUUGGCAACCCGGUCACUAGAAGCAAUGUGAUGGAUGGAAUUUGACAGUCCUUCCCGAGAGCGUAAAAAUUUUGCUCCCCGAAAAGCCGCACUUGGCGAUUGAUGUGUUUUCCGUGAUUCCUUCGUCAGCGAACGUAUCGACCAACCGGACACCCGUUAUUUUGAUCCCGAACGGAACACUCUUCUCACAGGCCACAACAUGCAGGUGGUCGAAUUGCCGAAGCUAGAGAAGGAUCAAAAAUCAUAUGCGGGCAUUCCGGAGGCCGUGUUCGUGGACGAUGUGGAGCAGUACAUGGAAGACUCGGCCAACGGGGACAGCGUCGAGAAGGUGCUCAAAAACUUUGACGAACAGCACAGCAAAUACCGGUUCAUGGAAUACAACAUGAUCUCGCGCAAACGUCGGCUGCGGCAGCAGAUCCCGGACCUGACCAAAAGCCUCGACAUGAUCCAGAUCCUGCGAGCACAGAAGGAAGACCAGGAAACACAGUUUCUGCUCAGCGAGCAGGUGUUCGUGAAAACCAACAUGCCGCCGACCCAAACGGUGUGCCUGUGGCUGGGCGCCAACGUAAUGCUCGAAUACCCGCUCGAUGAAGCCGAGGAGUUGCUCCGCCAGAACAAGCAUGCGGCCGAAACCAAUCUGCUGUGCUUCGAGCACGAUCAGGACUUCUUGCGCGACCAAAUAACGACCAUCGAGGUUAACAUGGCACGGGUGCACAAUUACGACGUAAAAAAGCGGCAGGCACAGAAGGCAUCGGGCGAGGACAAGUCGUAAUGGCUAGUCGGUAAUAAAACAAUCCUCGUGGGACGCAGGGCAGAAAAUAAAAAAAACGAAUGCAUUUCUCACUCUAUAUUGUUGCCCUUUUUAUUUUACGA